AUGCAGUUGUCCCGCCGCUGGUUUCUAGCGGCGGGCUGCUGGCUAAUGGCGUGUUUAGUUGCCCCUGGUGCUCUUCGAGUUGCUGCUGCUGUUGCUGCUGCUGCGACUCCAGUGAAUACUUUUUUGCCUGAGGCUUCCUUGGGCGCAGGAGGGCUAGCAAUUAGCAGCAACUGCAGCAGCGGCGGGAGCAGCAGCAGCAGCAGCAGCAUGCCGCGGGCAGCAACAAAUGCAGCAGCAUCAGCAGCAGCAGCUGCUGCUGCUCUUGCUGCUGUUGCUACGGGCACACUGAGUUUAAGCCCUAAUGAGUCCUGGCAGUCAGCAGCAGCAACAACAAAUGUGGCGCCUGGAGGGAGGGAGAAUUUGCUGAAGGCCUUAGGCGUUGCUGCAGCACCAGCAUCAUCAACAGCAGCAGCAGCCGCAGCAGCAGCGGGCAGCUACGUUGGGGCAACUCGCUCUCGUCUUGCUGCUGCUGAAGGCCUCUGGCGACGGAGAGCGGCAGUGCGUCGUUUGCAGCAGCAGCAGCAGAAGCAGCAGCAGCAAGUGCAUCAGGGCGUGCGUUUCCAUUCGAUGCAGCAGCAGCAGCAGCAGCAGCAGCAGUCGGCCCGCGCUAGUUUAUUUGCACGACGUCUUCCUGCUAGCCUUUUCGGGUGUAUGUACACAAGGGGGCUCUUUGCUGCUGCUGCUGCAGCAGCAGCAAAACAGAAACCGGCGUUGCCGCUGGGGCCCCUCUGGACUAAACGGCUGCAGCAGCAACAAAUGCAAAUGAAAAGAAUUGAUGCUGGUGGGGGUGGAGACUGUUUGUUUUUGUCUGUUGCUUUGGCUUUACGCGAAGAAGGAAGUAAUGUCGAUGCCCAACGACUGAGAGAUAUUGCUGCACUUAAGGUGGCGGGGCUAGCGGAGAAGUUUGAGAAAGGAGAUGAAGAGGAGUUUAUGGAGCGUCUGCGUCUGUUGUCUGUGUUGGAGGAGACAGGAGACUGGGGUGACCAUUGGUCUCCUUCAGCAGUUUUAAAUUCAUCAGACAUUUAUAUAUCAAACGCCGGUGCUUACUUUGAUGUACGUACACCUCAAGGAAAAGCAAAGGCUGUUUACCAUGAGUUGAAGCAGCCAGGCAAUAAUCACUGGGGGACAGCUGCGGAUAUCUGCGCUCUAGAAGAGGCAUUAGAUGUCGGUAUUAUUGUUUUAAAUGACUCAAAUGGAGCAAUUUACCCAACGGGCUGCAAUGUUAAACCCAGAAGCAAAUACAUCUUCCUCUACUUCGUGAACGGGUCUCACUUUCAGUUGGCUGGCGUUGAGGGCCGCGGUGGUUUGAAGUGCCUCUUCAGACCCGAAGAAAUACCUGCUCCUCUCCUCCAGUUUUUUAAGACAGAUACGCGCAAUCACCUUAUCUUUCCUUCUGCUAAGAGGUCUUAG